UACUCUGCCCGCUUCCUCCCGUGCCCGGCCUAGCCAUGGUGGGCAUGAGCUUGUUGCGGCGGGCUUCGGCCACCGCGCUGACAGCUGUGUGUGCCCGCCGGGUAGGCAGCCGACUCGCAGUCGGAGGCUUUCUCACGCGGAGCUUUCCGAAGGCUGUUGCUCCUGUUCGACACAGUGGAGACCACAGCAAACUAUUCAUCAUCAAAACAUCUUCAUUCUACGACAAUCGGUUUUUAAAGUUGCUGAAAUUCUACCUUUUACUGACUGGGGUUCCAGUGUUGAUUGGCAUAACAUGGGUGAACAUAUUUAUUGGUGAAGCUGAGUUAGCAGAAAUCCCAGAAGGCUAUAUCCCAGAGCACUGGGAAUACUACAAGCACCCAAUCUCAAGAUGGAUUGCCCGUACUUUCUAUGACAGUCCUGAGAAGAAUUAUGAGAAAGGAAUGGCUAUUCUUGAAAUUGAGGCUGAAAAGGCUGAUCUAUGGUUAAAGGAGCAGCAAGUUCGAAGGCUGAUGCGUGAGAGGGGAGACGGGCCCUGGUAUCAGUACCCAACUCCUGAUAAGGAGCUUAUUGAUCAUUCUCCAAAAGCAACUCCUGACAACUGAGUAUUUCUCUAAGAGCAAAGUGUGCUCUCUCUAGUGGACAACUAAUUAAUAAACAUUUCUGUAUUUUUGCUCUGUGUGAAUAAAAGAGCUUCGUCUGUU